GAAAUGGGCAGACAACUCUUAUCGGUCUUUUUGGCUAUCAUUGGUUUCAUGGGCACUAUUCUGAUCUGCGCUCUGCCAAUGUGGAAGGUGACAGCCUUUGUAGGAGCCAACAUUGUGACAUCGCAGGUAUUCUGGGAGGGCCUCUGGAUGAACUGUGUACUUCAGAGCACAGGGCAUAUGCAGUGCAAAGCGUAUGACUCCGUUUUGGCACUACCGCAAGACCUCCAGGCUGCUCGAGCCCUGAUCUGCGUCUCUUUAGCGGUCAGUGUUGUUGCCAUUGGCCUAACAGUGGUUGGGGCCAGGUGUACCAAUUUCUACAGAGAGGACGAUUACACAAAGUCAAAUAUUGGAAUAUCUGCAGGAGUGGUCUUCAUCAUUUCUGGUCUGCUGUGUCUCAUCGCUGUUAGUUGGUCAGCGUAUGUCAUCAUUGUGGGCUUCUAUAAUCCUCUACCGACAGAAGAGCGAAGGGGUGAGCUGGGAGCCUCCAUCUACGUUGGCUGGGUGGCUGGCUUCCUGCUAGUUCUGGGCGGCGGGAUGCUGUGUGGCACCUAUUCCUAUAGAUGCUGCUGA